AUGUUACACAGCACCAUGUUUCUAUUAUUUUUUUAUUUGCUUGGUACCGUUAGUAGUUUGACUCUUGAUAUCAAUGACAAUGGUAAGCUCUGUAGCAAAUGGGCUACAUCAGUGGAUGAUUGGCAUGAAAUCGAACCCUUCUGUGCCGGAACAUAUACCCCAGAAGUGAGUAGUGGCUUUGAAUUGCGUCUAUGUUGUGUAUCAAAUACAGUUAGUAUGACAACAACACCAAACACACCAGUAUUAAAUCAAGAAUGUGGUACACAACAAAUUCGACCAUCACGUUUUAGAAUUGUUGGUGGUCAAGAAGCUGUGCCUAAUUCAUGGCCAUGGCUGUAAGUAGUUAGUUUUGAAUUAGCUGAUAUCUAUUUAAAUAGAUUAGAGUUCUAGAAUCGAAUACAUAUGAAUUUUAUUUUAUGAAAUGGCGAGAAUUGAAGGCUUUAAAACGCUUCUGCUAAAAAAUUCUAAGUGAAGAUUAAGCGCGAAAGGACCCUGCCGGAUUUAAAAAUUUGAAAGUAUUAAAAAGCUGAGUAGCAGGUUCGAUAGAGAAUUUUAUUGCGCAUCUAACCAUAUUUGAUUUUUGGUUUGAAACUAUGAUCGUUCCUCAACUCAGUAAGAAGGUAUAGUGAAGAUAUUGUUUAUACCGGAUUUUGUAGAGUGGAAAACGCGCUAUAAACUGGCGAUAAAAGAAUUAAAAGAAUAUGGUUGUUGUUUGAGAAAAAAUAUUUUUCGAGUAAAAUUUCAAAUUUUCAUUUUUCAUACGUUUCACUAAAACGUCUGUAGCAGGUCAAAGAAAUACAGUACCACCGCCAAACUUUGUCAAAAAUUGCCUGAUACUUAACUCUAUCUAGCAACACAAUCUGAAUCUUCAAUGCCGGGUGCAUCAAUCAGAAAAAAAUUUAACGUUGAAAAAGCUUCGNAAAUUUAACAUUUUCUAACGUAGAAAUUCAAAAAAAAUCAAAGUAGUCGGAUAGACUAACAAAGUACAUCAUUCGAAUUCAUUUUUCGAAUUUCUACGUUGAAAAAUUCCUGAGAUUCUCACCAAAAAAUAAACAAAAAGUUUUGUAAUAUAUAUCAUUCGACGUAGUUUGGGACGCUGAUUCCUAAUAUGAUAUUUUUAUUGCAUAAAACUUGAUUCCCGAUGAUUAAAAUUGAGAAUACCGGCAGAAUUCCGAUUUUUGCGCCUCUGAUCUAGAAAAUAUGAACUUUUUCAGCGACAAAGUACGAUGGAAGAAAGAGAGGUAUGUACUUUUAAAGCUCGUUUAAUGGCGGUUCUAAUGAAGUGCAAAAAUCGGCUCUAUCUUUCG